AUGAACAGGAAGAAAGCUAUUAGAAAAGAUAAAUCCAAGAAAGAUAAAGCACAAGAAAAAUCAGGAGGAGUGGUGACUGUCCCUUAUGUCCACUCAUUCACAAAGAAAAUACAACAUAUAUUCACUAAACACAGGGUAGCCACAGUGGUUAAACCUCAAACCACCCUCAGACAGGUUUUAGUUCACCCGAAGGACAAAGUUGAUAAGCAAAAAAAGGCUGGAGUGGUGUACAAAAUUCCCUGCAACCAAUCUGAAAAGACUGAAAUUCUAUACUUUUCACCAACUCAAAGUUGUUCAAGAUUGGGUACAGGACAGACAACUUGUGCUCUUUUUGCAAAAGGGAAUCAGAAACAAUUAGACAUUUCUUUUGGGACUGCCCUUAUUUGAAUUCAUUCUGGAAAUGUGUUGAAUCAUGUUAUUUUGGGUUGCGAAAACAACUAGUUCACCUAACAUUAAAGGAAAUUUGGAUCGGCUUUUUAUCUUCUGAAUGCCCCUUGCUUCAUUAUCUUAUACUUAUAGGGAAAAUAUAUUUAUGGAGUUGCAGAAGGAAUGAAGUACUCCCAACCAUAAACAGUUUUAUAGUUAGAAUAAACGGUAAAUAUGAAAUAGAAAAAUAUAUUUGUACUAAGAAUAAGAAUUUACAAAAAUUAAUGGACGAAUGGACUUUGUAAUCUAGUUAGUUUUUCUUCUUUUACAAAAAUGAUUAGUUUGUUCUUUUUUGAAUAGCACUUGUAAAAUAACAGUAGGCAUACCUUGUGUGGUGAUUGUGGAAUUGCACGUGUGCUUAGGUGUGUAGUCCGUUUGUGCAUGUAUGCUUUGUGAUAAUAAUUGUAAUAGUACUUUCAAAUAACAAAUGAAAUAAGUAAUUAAAAAAAUCUGAAAAGGUAGGCAUCGGUGAAACAGGAAGACAACUGGGAACCAGGAUCACAGAACACAGAAAGGAAACAGAAAGAUCUCUGACAGGAAUUUCACAAGAUCCACGCGCAGAGCUUCUACCAAUGAGCACCAUAAAUCAGCCAUAA